CCGGAAGAGAAGAGAAAGUUCAUGAACCGUGGCGUCCACGACUUACCAUACGAAUUUGGACAGCAUUAUUGAUAUAGAAAGGGGCGCCACAACCCAUUGUUCCUCCCAUCAUGAGCUACUCCCAAAUGACGUCAUAGAAGGCUUUCUUGUACAUUAAACUGAUUCCGGUGUUAUUACUUCUGUACUAUAACAACAACGCAGUUCUCAUCUAAUUACCAUCAUACUACACGCUGUUUCGAUAGAGCCUCAUAUUAAAACAAUUAAAACUUAAUUACACUUUUCUAUCAGACGAUGUUAGGUGCUCAUAACAAAUCGAGGUUUCCUCUUCUUUCCCGCACUUUCUUUCAUGGAUUGAGUUUACACCUGACAUUCAACUGUUUAAUGUGGUCACAAUUUCUGGAAACGUAAGAUCUCGUCGUAUAAGUACUUCGGUUUCAAGAUACAACAUUCUGCACUCUGGUGAUACGUCGUCUCGAGUCAACUCGCAGCGUUGUGGUGUUUCGAAUAAAAUAAUGAGUAAUUGUGGAGGAGUUUUCAAGAAGAUAGUGUGCUGUGUGGAGAAAAACAUUUCUUGAAGCGUGAUGUUGGAAAGGAUACUCUCAAAGUGAGCAUUUAAAGUGGCCCCAUGUUAGAUUAUAGAAGGGGUACGUCUGAGCAAGGUACAAGGAGAACAAUGCCAUGAUAUAAUGUAUGCAUACCACAUUGGUACUUGGUUGUUGUUCCUCCAAAAGAUUCCUAGUGGAAUUUAAACUGGAGGUCGUGGUGGCAGAGGGUGGACUUAUUUCGGAAGGAGUGCUACUUUAAACUUUGCUGAGUCAGUCAGGGAUACUAAUGUCGAAUCGAGAUCAUUCCAUGCUCUGGUUGUGCGUGGAAAAAAAGAGUUUUUGUAUACAUCUAAUCUGGUUAAUGGUAUUUCGAACUGACUUGAGUGCCCGCGUCUGCUACGACCUGGUUUAGGUUUAAUGUGUGUUUGGGCAUCUAUGUCCAGCUGGCCAUGUAAGAUUGUGUGGAAACAGCUUAGACGGUGAGCUUCGCGUCUGUCUUGGAGAGAGUUCCAUUUAAGAGAAUUUAGAAGGAGGGUGACGCUUGCAUCUCUCUGAUAUGUGCUUGUGACAAAACGGGCUGCCUGCCUCUGGACUCGUUCGAUAGAAGAAAUGUUCUUAGCUGUGUAUGGGUCCCAAGCAGCAACUGCGUAAUCUAAGUGUGGUCUAACGAGGGUGAGGUAGAGUUUCUCUUUUAUGGAAGUUGAGCAGUGAUGAAAGUUGCGUCUCAGAAAACUCAAUACUCCUAUAGCUUUUGUUGUUGCGAGGUGAGUUUGGCCAUUCCAUCGGAGGUCGUUCUGGAUCACAACACCAAGGUACUUUGUCUGCUUACAUUCUUCCAGGGUGGUACAUCCAUCCAAGUUGAAAAUGAUAAUCACUUUCCAACUAUUUGAAUAUUCAUACAUAUCAUUAAUUAAAAGUGAAAGCCAUUUUGAGAGAGCCAAACUUUUGCGAUCGUAUUUUGAAAGAUUGAGUGACAUCUUCUGAGAAUCUCUUCUGGAGGAUAUCAUCAUGUGCGACAUAGGGAACUGCACUGAUGUGGAGGAACCCAUAGUUUACAAGUAUUACUGGGAGCGAAUCAUCUACGCUACAAUCACAGGGUUGAUCUCUAUCACCGGUGCCUUCGGGAACACCUUGGUCAUCUUAGCCGUGUUCAUCAGCAAGAAACUACGAAACAAAACCAAUACAUUUGUCGUCAAUCUCGCCAUUGCGGAUUUGAUAAGCUGUCUGAAUCUUCCUUGGACGGCGUUGGCGCUGCUCUGUGAGAAUGAGUGGCCUUUGUCAGAGUGGAUCUGCAUGUGGGAAGGGAUGAUCCUGAUGGUCAGUACCGGCUGCAGUCUAUACACACUUGGUGGGAUUGCGUUAAGUCGGGCUUGCCUGAUUACCUUGCCAAACCAUCGCUACCAUGAGAUCCUCACCCCGAAAGCUCUUGGUGGACUCGUCUUGAUAUUCUGGUUAAUACCAGUGACAACGUCCAUCGUUCCGUACAUGAAAUCAGAUAGUUUUUUCGGCUUCAACCAUCGCUAUAGCAUGUGCAUCUGGAACACCACGCAUCCUUUCUCACCAACUUACAACUUGAUACUUGCCAUAACGUUCUACCCUGUUCCACUCUUUAUCAUCUUCUUCAGCUAUUUCCGUAUUUGGCGCCAUGUUCGUAUCCAUUCUCGUCGCAUGGCCCGGGUAACCUCCCAGCUCGUUACGGUCUCCGGGCAGAUGACUGGUCUUGCCCGGAAGAGCACCUUCAGCAAGAGGCAGAUGUCUGUCACGAAGAACCUCUUCAUCAUCAUCAUCCUGUUUAUCCUCUUGAUAACACCGUACAGCGUCCAGUUGGUCAUACCAGGAGGCUGGAGACUGGUCCCGGGUCUUGCUAUGGUCUUUCUAUUCAACUCCUGCGUAAAUCCGUUCAUUUACGGAACACGUCAUCCAGACUUUAAGGUGGCCUUCAGGAGCAUCUUACGAUGCCCCCUACGAUCAAACCAGCUGAUGGACUCAAGCUCAUCGACCGGCUUGCGUGUACAACCUCUGAUUCGGAGACAAGCCCAGCGAGGUACUGAUUUUAUUGCUCCAAAUUCAGCAAGCUCUUCAGACGCAUGAACUAAAUGUAUAGCUGACAGGAUGGCAUGUUGGCAAAACCAACAACAUGUAUACAUUUGUCAUUAUUUUGACACGAGCUGAGUGGAAAAGUGUAUAUAUUCGCCCAAGUACUGGGUUAUUUUUCCGAGAUGAACUAUGUUUACAAGCAUUAUGUAAAUCGUAUGCAACUGUAAUUUUGAGUAGUUUUCUUACGUUGCGCUGGUCCAGUGCCCGUGAUACCGAAAUGUCACGUAUAAUGUUUCACUUCGUCAGUCUCGUGUGUUGUCGGUCGACUGGCAUAUCCAACCUAGAACCACAAGGCUCGCUAGGAUCAGGGUAAGAGUUACGGUGAUAAGGCCAUGACCGAAGGGACGCGCGCGUGUUUAAAGUAACCUAACAAAAGCCUUUCUUUACUCUUUUAGUACAAUAUUAAAGUAUUUUGCACUAACUAUUUACAUUGAUCUAUACAUUUGCCACACUCAACCCAGGUGAUGUAAAUGGGUAGCUGGCAGUAAUUAAUUCCUUGAAAUGCUAG